AUGAGCAGCAGUGCGCUGUCUCUGCAGGCUCUGUCCUGGAGGAAGCUCUACCUGAGCCGGGCUAAACUCAAAGCGACCAGCCGAACAUCAGCGCUGCUCUCCGGCUUCGCCAUGGUGGCUAUGGUGGAGGUUCAGCUGGACACGAGUCACGACUACCCCCCCGGCCUGCUGAUAGCCUUCAGCGCCUGCACCACGGUGCUGGUGGCCGUUCAUCUCUUCGCUCUGAUGAUCAGUACCUGCAUCCUGCCCAACAUCGAGGCCGUCAGUAACGUCCACAACCUGAACUCGGUGUGCGAGUCCCCUCACGAGCGCAUGCACCGGCACGUGGAGCUGGCCUGGGCUUUCUCCACCGUCAUCGGCACGCUGCUCUUCCUCGCCGAGGUCGUCCUGCUGUGCUGGGUCAAGUUCCUACCCAUCAGGCCCAAGAACCAGAAAAACGGCACGGUGUCGGCCGGAGUGGCCGCCGCCAUCACCUCCACCUCCAUCAUGGUUCCCUUCGGCCUGAUCUUCAUCGUCUUCGCCGUGCACUUCUACCGCUCGCUGGUCAGCCACAAGACCGACCGGCAGUUCCAGGAGCUGGAGGAGCUGGAGGAUCUGACACGGCUUCAGAACGAGCUGGACCAGCGAGGAGAGACCGCUGUGCUGCAUUCCCCCGCCUCUCAGUAGGGGGCGCUGUCCUGAGCCGUGGUUUUAUCUGCUGUUCGUGUGUGUUGAUGUCUGCAUGAGGAUCUGUAGAUCUGUGGAAAUGUUACUCGUUGUGUUCUUUAGGCCUCCUCUAGGUGGCGCCAUGCUGAGCCUGUUUUUAAUCUGCCAUGUUUGUGUUUGUGAAGCUCACACAAGCUAAAUAAUGUUUUAUUCUGUAUCUGUACUGAUCUGUUCGAGCAUGAGCUUCAGGGGUGGGACGAUAUAUCGGUGUGAUGAUGAUUCACUACCAUAAAAUAUGAAGAAACUCCAAAUAUUUUAUUUAAAUAUUAACGUUGUUCUUUAAUUCUCUUCUAAACUUCCUUCCAUCUCGAACGGUGGAGAACUACCUCACAGUCUGCAGGUGUCCACAUAUUUUUGGUCAGUAAUAUUAAUACCGGACUCUCCUGCAGGCUCGUAGUUACUCCACAUGUAUUAAACCCUUUAGAAUAGUUGUCAGGAUGUAUGUGGGCGUGGUCCUGGAGCAUCAUCAGGACAAGUGUUUUGCACCAUAAGGUGCACCUGCUCCAGUAAAAUGAUUUACAUUGUGGAUCCUCCACCAUACUUCACAGUACCUAAACAAUUUAAUCGCACGUCUUCUGAUGCUGCUGCUCAGGGGUCCAGGUUUUGUGCUUUAUACACCAGGUUGAUACAGACAUGUGCAUCUGUGGGUGUGAGCGGGUCAUCGAGGUGCCCAGUCAGUUCUGUGGGUGUUUUUGUGGGCGGAGCUACUUUGAGGGUGUUUAGUGAUGACCCUGUAAUGUAGCGUCUGCACCCACUGUUCCACCCACUGUUCCAUACCCCCUUCCCCCUACGGCUUGUUGUAUUUUGUAUUGAUUUGUAUUACAGUUUUCCUCCAAAUUUAGUCCUAUCCGGUUCCCUGAUGGUAUUUCCCCUCUACUGCUGCUGACCUCUUCUCCUGAGCGAGGAGGGUCGUGACUAACACAACAAUGACGUGUCGGUUUGUGGCUUUGAGUCGCCUGAACGUGGAGGUUUAUUAUUUAUUCUUUAUCUAGUCUAACUCUAGAUCAGUUCUGUAGGUCAGUAAUGGAGGGGCGUGACCCUGAAGCUUCUGUAGAUGAUGAUGAUGAUGAUGAUGAUGAUGAAUCACUGCAGUAAUCAUGAAAUCUGAGCAGAAUGGACCACAGUGUGUGGGUGGGGGGGGGGGGGAUUAUAUAAGUGAUCAUUAAUAAAUGAGUACUGAUCAUUAACGUUGAAGUGAAGUGUGAUGGAGGGUGCAUUUAUAUCCAGUGUUUACAUUUUAAUACAGUAAUAACAGUAAUAACGUAUAAUAAUAAAUAUCUUCAAUCUUUUUGAACCUGGUCUGUUUAACCAGUCAGAAUUAUUUCUAUAAUCCAUUAGAAAUAUCUGAGCUUUAAUACAAACACAAUUCCAAAAAGGUCAGAACGGUAGAAUUUAGUCAUUUUUAUUUUUAUCACUUUUGUUCUUGAUCUGUUCUGUCCUAAUUGUUUUGGAGUGAGUUGCUGGUGUCAGAUUCUGUUUGUUUAUAGAAAUGAAAUAAAAGAUGAAUGAAUUUUACUGUAAUUUAAAUAUAAUCGGUGUUUUGUGUUUGUAGUCGCUGCUGUUCUGUAUUUUUAAUUUUCCGUGUUUGGUUCUGAUUUACUGUUUCCAUCAUAAUUCAGGAUCCUGUGAAUUAUUUGAUUUGAUUUGAUUUAAUGAAACAUCCUGCAACAAAAAACACUUAUAAUAAUAAUGAAAAUACAAUAAAACAGUAAAUAAAUGUACAUUG